AUGACCGACCCAACCGCAAUCCUUCCCAUCUCACCCGCAACCCUUCCCAUCUCACCCGCAACCAUCUGCCUCAUCGGCCUGGCAAUCCUCGUCGUCUCCCUCGCCCUACCCAUGCCGCAGUCGCACCCCUCCCGCGACUCCGCGCCACCCCAGGCGUCCAGCAUCUCCUCUCCCGUCAUCCGCCAAAACCAAAACUCCGCCGACCACAUCCACGGUCCGGCGCCUGCCAGCGGCGCUGACCUGCCGGCAGCCCCGCUGGCUGGAUCAGAGUCCGCCGGGAAGCGCCGCAGAAGGCGGCUGCUGCCGCGGGGUGUGCAGUUUGUGCCCGAGGUUCCGCGGCGCACGUCGUCGCUGGGGCAGGUGGGGCCGUGGGGCUCGGGGAUGUGA